CACUGUCAGUCUACAAGCAACAGCGCCGCGUUGUAAAAUUACUGUCUGUCAGUCCGCAUACAAACUGUAAACUCAAGGAUCGCGGUGUUUACAAACACUCAAACGACAUACUUCCUUAAGUGGAUAGCUGCAGCCGACAAUGGAUCCGAUCAGCGGCUGCAACGCCAGCCAUUUACUGUCCGCAUGGCAAUCUGCCGACGCGUCCAAUAUCUGUCAGUUCACGUACCAUAACGUUUGCAUGCCGUGGUUGAAUAAUACAUCCUCCAUCGUCGAUCCCGUGGUGCCGCCCCAUCACCGGGUACCGACCGAAGCGGAAAUAUGGGGCUAUGGGACACUGGCUGUUCUUCUGAUAUCAUUAGGUUCGGUGGUGGGUGUCCUGUUCCUGCCCAUCAUGAAAGCUCACUUCUACCACCAGUUCCUGAUGGGCAUGGUCGGGCUGGGCGUGGGCUGUCUGUGCGGCAGCGCCAUCUUUCACCUCAUCCCGCAAGCCUUCCAUUUGUCCAGCGACACCCCGGAGGAAUUGGAGCGGUUUCUAGGCAAAGCCGCAGUAAUCGUCGCGGCCAUCUGCUUCUUCCUGCUUGCCGAACGGAUAUCUAAAAUGGCGGUGACGUGUCGGAAACGUAGAAGGGAGAAGCAGAAGGCGGCGAAGACCAUGAGCGCAGCCACGCUGAAUAUGAACAGCGUCACUUCAUUACCGAUUAGUGAGAAGGAGGAGCAGGAACACCAUGACCACGCCCACCGGCAUAGCCACGCCAAUAUCGAUCCGAAGGAGCUGUCGGACAAUCCCAUCAAAACCGUCGCAUGGAUGAUCAUCGCCGGUGACGGAUUUGUGGACGGCAUCAGCGUCGGCGCCGCCUUCUCCAUCUCCAUCUGGAAUGGGAUCUCGCUAUCCGUAGCGGUGCUAUGCGAAGAAGUCCCCCACGAAUUGGGCGAUCUGGCUAUUCUCCUUAAUUCCGGCAUGAGCCUGCGUAAAGCGCUAGCCUACAAUUUCUUGUCGGGUUGUACAUGUUUUCUGGGUCUGGUCGUGGGUAUUUUAUUGGGCGACCUACCCGACGCCGGGCCGUGGAUCUUUGCCGUGUCCGCCGGGAUGUUCUUGUACAUAUCGUUGGUACACAUGCUACCGGAAAUGACGGAAGCAGCGGAAGAGGCCACGGAGCGCAGCACGAAAGAGGGCGUGAUUAUGUUGAUUAUCCAGAGCGUGGGGUUGUUGGCCGGGUUUGUGGUGAUUUUUGUACUAGUGCGCUACGGCGGCAAUAUCGAUAUCACGGUAUAAAAGAGAUUGUAAAUUGUUCCAUAGUAGUUUCAACAAACCUCAAAGAAAGCCUCAUAGCUGCACAUAUUACAGCGCUAGUGACGGACCAUGUUAAAGAGAGAGACAGAAAAGGAGAUCAAAGCUUUGGGCAACUGUUCUCGUUUUUAAAGAAAAUUUUAAACAGAUUACGCGUCUGCGCUUGGUGUAAUAAAAUUACAUAUUAAAUACUUGGCUAUAGAAUUACAGAAACUCUUUGUGUAAUGUUUUGCUGGCGUAUAUAUUUGUUUUCUUCUUGUGACCCUAUGUUUCGUAUCGUCAAAUUAUUUGCCCAGCAUGCCAUAACUGGUUACUAUUGCCUUCAGUUGCAGGUUAUAAAUAAUUUUUGUGAGCUGAUGAUGGAAAUUUGAAGCUAACAAUAAGUCAUCAUUUCGUUAAAAUACUUAAAACAGUAAGUGCUUCGGACGAAGACGUACUUUUUUAAAAUUAUGUGGAGCAUGUUUCCUAAAAACUUCUGUGGUAUGCGGUGGCUAAUAGUCACAGACAGUCACAGAUACACACAGUGACUCUCUACACACAUAUAGAGCAACUUUGUUUUCUGGAAAAACUUACCUGGUACGAGUAUUAUGUAGUGUAUCGGUAAGCAGAUGUGCUUUUGGUAGACAGCCUAAAGUUACUUUAAUUUAUCCAACUGUACGUCUUUCUGAUCCGCGCUUAUUGGCAGAUUUUACAAGAGUUUAAUACACCUACACCUAAUCAAUCAUAUGAAACAACUUAAAUAAUAGAACAUGAACAUGAAAUGAGGAAUAUUUAUCAUUGCUUUACAGUGAUACUAAUCUUUCAUUAGUGGUUACAAGCCCAGUCAUAUAACUCAUAUUUAUUUGUUGCUUGACACAAGCAAAGACAGUAAGCACAGAUACGUAAUAUUAGCUUGAUUUCUAUCGAAAGUGAUAACCAGUGUGUGACUGUGUGUAUCUGCACUGUAUACACACCUGAACCGGUGGAUAAAAUGUUUUUCGGAAUUCUAAUUUUCAAAAAAAGAGAAAAUUUUAAAUUUUUGGUUGACAGUAUGACGACAGUAGUCUGCAAACUGCAGCAAAGGGCCUUAAAUGAAACAUGACGAAUCUCCCAGAAACUCCAUAACGUUCAGCCGAAACCGUCCGUAACGCCUUCCUGAAUGCCUAGUACAAAUAUCAUAAGUUGGCACCCAUUGUGACCGGUAUUACAUUGUAUCUGACGAUAAGAAAGGCCAGUGUUGGCUGUUAUAUUACGUACUGUAGCCGCGAGACGAAAUUGCACCACUUUCAGGUCCGGCCGCUGUCAGCACUUUGCCAGGAAUCUCUUUACUUAGAACGUCACGCAGCGUGUGCGUCGUUUUCCAUAUACUAGACUCGUCAGUUGAUCAACUGGUGCCUGUCUCGUGCUGCAAUUUCGUCCAGCGACUACAGUAACGCAAGCGACCGUCUUAGCAGAUUCGUGGCAUUCUCGGUG